AUGAGGGACUUCACUUCAUCGGGCAAGCGGUGGCGAGCCCGGACGCCGGUUUGGCAAGCGCACGUCCGGCAGCGACUGCUUGCUGCCCACGCGCUCGUGCUCUCGAGUGCUCAAGGCAGGCGCAACCACAUCGCCGGGGCAGGAUCAUCGUCGUCUCUGCGGUCUGCUCUCGUGCAUCGCGUCCGCCAGCUUCGCUCCGGCGUCGACAAUGACGGCCGGUAUGGCAAGGCGAUUGCCUUGGCAGCUCCCUCGCGUGUCCCUGCCCAAGCCGCGGCUUUGGAGGAGCGUCGCAGCCAGCAGCCAACAGGAAGCUUCACGGUGUGGCACGCGCCAAGACCACCUCCAUCGCAGGAGCGUCGGCACUAA